UGAGACGGAGUCACGAGAAGAUCUUUCUUCUCAUUUUCUGUGCCUUCCCCUCCAAGGAUUUCAUUUUUGUUUUCCUUCAAUUUUUAAGAAAUAUUAUCGUUAAGUGCAAUUAAAGAAGAGUGAGUGCAUCGGUUGGUUCUGUGAUUGUGUGUGUCUGUGUCUGUGUGUGUUUUAGCGUCGUUUUGAAUUUGAGCAAAACGAAUGAACUGAAAGCGAAGAAGGCGACUGAAUGUCGCCGUUCGGAUACGUAUGACGAACUCCAACCGUCGUGGUUUCCUCUUUUUGCCUUCUUUGAAAUAAGGCACUGCUGUUUUUCGCUGUUACAGCAAUAAAAACACAGAGCUCCCAAAACAAAACAAAAAUGCAACGCUCUCGCUUGUUGUUGCUUUGUGCGAUCGUAUCGACGCUGCCUGGCACUCUCGCGGGGCCGGUCGAUCAACCGAAUGCACAACGGGCUGAAAUGUCUUUGCAGACGUCUCACUCAUUCGGAUUGUGCAAUGAUUCACGAUGUUCCUGCAAUUAUUCUUCGCACGGAACGGCUAACGUCAACUGUCAAUGCUCACCCCAAGAUCAGGAAGCGACGCUAGACAUUCAUCCGUCAUCAGUGCCUCGUAUCGUAUCGAAUGUAGUGAUCCGGAGUUGUCGUAGCGUGAUCUUUCACGAAGCCGGAUUCAAACACUUGAGCCAUCUGUCCAACGUGACUGUUGAAGACGUCGGAGAAGUUGUCUUUCAUCCAGCAUCUUUCAACCAGAUUAACGUCGAAAGGGCAGCGACAGUGACCGUCGGUCGGUGUCGCCAAUUAACAAUCAAAAGCGGUGCUUUUUCCAGCCAUCCACUUAAACCCGUAACUCUUUCAUCCUCGGAUUGCCAUACUGUGCGAAUUGAAGAACUCGCAUUUUCACGUCUCAGUCGACUGACGUUGAGCAAUAUCCAGUCGUUGCACCUGGCCUCGCAGGCUUUCCGCUUCGCUACCGGCACUCCAGUUGAUGGAGACCACAUCCGAACUGAGAUCGUCAUUGAACAUGCCAACAUGACAGAAAUAAAAAGUUUUACAUUUCCGUCACCGUUGGACAGACUUCUACUGGACAACGUGACCGUGACGGGCCAAAUCCAAUCGAAUGCCACUUCGGCAUUACGCAUCGUCCAGCUGAGCAUCCACGGCUCACGAAUCGGUUCCAUCGCAGCUGGCGCCUUCAGCGAAUUCACGCACCUCGAUUCGCUAGAAAUGCGAUACACUUCGAUAGGAGAAAUAGACGAACGUGCUUUUUCAUCGGCCGCUUCGUCGUUUAUGAUGGAAGUCUGUCAAAUAGGCCGCAUGAGUCGAAGUGCCUUGUCUAUGCCCGUCGCCCGCGUAACCCUACAUUCCAAUCAAAUUGAUGUGCUGGCCACCGGUGCCAUUUACCUGCGUGAAUGGAAUGAACUGCUUAUCGAAAACAAUACCGUCACGCUUGUCGAACGUCACGCUUUCUACAACAUCGGUGAACCUAAACUUCUUCCGGCUCCGAAAGCUGGACGUGACGUCCGUUUCGUCAUACGGUACAACAACUUCCAGCAAGUCCAACCGGGCGCUUUUAUCAUCAGCGCUCAGGUGCCCCAACUGAAGUUGGAGGCUAAUUCUUUCCAGCAAGAGUGUGAUUGUCAAAUGGCAGGAUGGGCCGCUCAACUGACUCAAAUCACUCGCCGAAUAGAGACCACAACGUCCGCUUCUUUGAUCGAAGACUCGGUUCCGGAUGCCCUAUGGCUCGGCUCUUCACUGUUCAACAGCAGUUUAUGUUGGCUGGAUCAGAUAGCCGCCGGAUGUCUGGACCUGUCCGAACCGCAAUUUCUCUCUAUGAACAAUUACACGGAAGAAUUUUGCUCUGACGCACGUGAGACCGACCUCAGUCGCUGUGUGGCCACCAGGCGUGCUCUGCUGGACGUUAGCCGAAUAAUCAAGUUCGAUAUAGAAGAUGGUAGCGUAACCAAACUAGUUGGCUUCAGUUCAAGACAAGAUUUGGUGAUGAUCAUCGUUCUCGGCGUGCUGUCUGCUUGCGUCCUGCUGGCCGUCUGCCUGGGCAUGGCCAUUAUCCGGUUUAGGGGCAAAACACGCCGUCAAAAUCGCGGCCGCAAAGCUGCGUCGGAUGACGAACGAGUCACCUGUUCACCGCUGAUUCCUAAUGUGGAAAAACAAUUGGGAAGCGGAGUUGUUUCUUCCGGCUCCAUUUCACGUCUAUCCGUCAAGGAAUACCGAAAUUAUUUGGAAGAGCUUGGACCUAUUUAUUCGGAGCCGCUGGAUCCGCCCAAUCCAAGCGGAUGGCAGGCCUUACCGAGUAGUUCGGUUCCACCCGCCGUUCCAGCCAUGCCUAGUCAGUGGACACCGAAAACGACCGCCAAAAUCGAGGACACCGACAGGCAAACAAUGGAUCGAGGAACCCAGACAUUAGAGAACACAAAAGCUCCGGAAUCUGUGGAUUCAUCCGCAAACAUCGACGAGGGAGAUCCACCGUCUAGUCUGGCCCUGGAGUUCACCCAAGACGUCAUGGCGGCUUUACGAGACAAGAUGGAAGUUUCUCCCCUGUACAGCGAAGUCAAAGAUUCCGUUGUCUCGAAGCAAGAAAACAUUCCGCCGUCGGAAGGAGACGCAACACCUGAACUCUACGAUCUCAUUAGAGUGGUAGAUGGCGAACAAAGACCAUCCACAUCCUCCGCCAAAUCGGAGCACAUCUACUGUAAACCGUGGAGCGCUGAUCAAUCGGAGAGUCGACUUCCAUCAGUGGAUGACGCAGCAUCCAUCGAGCUUAAAAUGGAAGAUAAACAGCCAUCCGACAGCCAAUCUGCGUCUGGAUUAAAGAGUGUUCCAGCGACGAAAAAUCAGCCUUUUCAUGUGCGUGGAUCUGUUCCUAAAUGGCCUCCGCCAGUAAGAGAAGACAAGCCGGCCAACCGAAACAAUACUGAGCCGAGAAUCACAUCCGCCUCCUCCAUCAAAGAUGCCAAACCUCCGCCUUGGAGAAGUUCAUCUCGGCCGGUCCCAAAGAAAUCAGCAACUACGUCGUCUGGCACUCCGGUUGCUUCCGCCAAAACGAAAUCUUCCCCUAACCAAUCGAAGCUGCAGCCACUCAGAAAGCCAUCAGAUGCGGAAUCCGUUUCACCGGAUGCCACUCCUCGUUCUCCUCUGCGGACCAAUGAGGGCGAAAACUAUGCGGAAGUGACGGGCCAACCGUUUAGUUUUUCAUUCCGACGGCCCAUGUUCGCCGAUCGUCAAGACAAAAGCGGAAUCGCCGGUCCCCCCAAACCGGCUAGAACAGCCUUGCUGUGCGAGUAUGCCGAUCCGCACGACCUCAGCGAGCCAUUGUACUCGGAACUGGUCGUACAAGAUGAAAAACGGAACGAUCUUCUGUGAUCCAACUCGCUAACACGGAUUCCUGUCGGCUUUCUCACGUUUGCUUCCCUUCAAAUCCGUCGAAACGCCUUCGCUCCUACGCCUUGCUGGAAGAGUGUAACAACUGGUUCGAGUUAACCAAGUCAAAAUCGUCAUAAACGUCAUUAUUAUUUUAAGAGUUCUUCCGUUUUUUUGUUUUUUUUUCAUAUCUUGGGCGUGUGUACAUUGCGUGUACUUAGUUGCCAUUGUGCUUUGAGCUGUUUGGUGAUGAUUCACCAACAGCCACUAAUAAAGAUCUUGCGAAUC